AGAAGAAAAAGACAUGGCGGCCCCGACGGACCACAUGAAAAUGCUCCAAUUUUUAAAACUAAUCGGCCAGCUUAAAAGGGUCCUUCGGACAGGCUGGGUGUACAGGAAGGUGAAGGACCCAGAGAGUGUGUCGGACCACAUGUACCGCAUGGCACUCAUGUCUCUGACCAUCACAGACCCCACGGUGGAUAAGGACAAGUGUAUCAAGCUGGCUCUGGUUCAUGACAUGGCCGAGUGCAUCGUGGGAGAUAUCGCACCGUCGGACAAUGUCAGCAAAGCUGAGAAACACCGGCAGGAGGAGGCAGCCAUGAGGCAGCUUUUGAGUCUCAUGCCAGAGAGCCUUGGACAGGAGAUUUGUGCAUUAUGGGAGGAAUAUGAGCAUCAGAGCACCACGGAGGCCAGGCUGGUGAAAGAGUUUGACCGUCUCGAGAUGAUCCUGCAGGCUCACGAGUAUGAAGAGCUGGAGGGAGCGCCGGGGAGACUGCAGGAGUUUUUCGACUCCACUCAGGGUUGUUUCCAGCAUCCCGAUGUGCUUCAGCUGGUCAUGGCUUUGAAUGAAGAAAGGAGAAGUCACAUGGCAGAAAAAAACAACUCUGGGAACUCGAAAACCAUGUCACACGCAACAUGACCACAUUUUUGUUUUAAUAUCACGGAGAUAAAAAAACAGUUGGCAAUGUGAAAUGGACACACAA